AUGGCGGUGGUGUACGAAGUCUUCGGGUACAUCUUGAUCCCGCUGAUGGUGGUGGGUUUCGUCGGGAACAGCUUGAUGAUCUGCGCCAUGCUGCACAGCCGCAUGUGCCUGACCCCCACCAACCGGCUGCUCCUCAGCAUGUUCAUCCUCGGUGCCGUCUACUCCUCCCUGGCCAUGCCGCCGACCGCCUUCUCCCACAUCACCCAUCGCUGGGAUCUGGGCGCCGGCAGCUGCCGUUUCUUCGCCUUUCUGACCAUCACCAUGACCUUCGUCCACUGCCUCAUCCACGCCGCUAUUCCAAUUGCUCGUUUAUUGGCAAUCCAUUACGUCAGCCGGGUUAGCCACCAGCUGGAAAACCGCGUCGGACAAGCCUUGGUGGCGGUCACGUGGUUAUUUCCCGCCGUCGUCUUUACUCUGCCGUUCUUCCAGGUGGGCGCGUCCUACGGGUUCAACCGGGGUAUCGCGCGCUGUCAGUGGGAAGCGGUGCAGUACCCCUUUGUUGUUUUCUAUCGGAUUGUGUUUAUUGUGCUGCCGUUGGUGGUGAUUGUGCUGGGAUACGGGCUCAUUAUGUGGCAGGUACGGGUGAUGCGGCUGGCCGCUGCCAAAGAGCACAAAACGAAAUCGCGUUCGCUGCGCUUCGCACGCCAGCUGGGACUGGAAUUGGUGUUGGCCAAGCGGACAGCCAUUGUCAGCGGCUAUUUCAUGGCUUGUUUCUUACCCAAUACAAUCUGGACGUUUAUACCGGGGAGUAUUACGAAUGAUCUGGCGGAGAAUCUUGGACCGGCGCUGUACCUUUUAACUUGGUUCGGGAUCAUGAGCAGUUUCCUGGUGUAUCUACUUGUCAACAACGAACUACGUGAGGGCGUAUACAGCCUGUUUAAGCAGAUGCCGGGAUGUCGCAGCUGCCGCCGCCCACAGCGCGCGGUGGCCCCGCUGGGACCGCCACCGGCUCACACUCUCAACUAUACCGAAUCCACGGUCUUCCACACCAGCGGCGUAUACAUUGGUCCACCCCCACCCUACUCCGCAGGUAGUGGCAGCGUGGGACUGCGCUCCAGCGACAGCUCGUCCAUGGCCGGCGCUGAGCAGGAUCGGCUGGACGAGCAGCUGCAUCCUAAUCGGAUUAGCGUCUUGGCAUCCGUGCACGGCUUCUGA